AAAACCAUGAUGGCGUCUUUCGGGAUUUUACCUUCUAUUUAAAGAAACUUGAGAUAUUACCACUUUCUCUUAGUCUUCUAGAUUAUAUUAUGCUCUUUGUCGUCUUCUACUUGUUUGUGGUUUUGUUUUGAUUGGAGCAUUUCGUUGAAGGGGUGGGAGUUGGAUAAUUUUGGUUAGCACGUUGCAUAUUGCAGUAAAGUAUCUGGAUAUAUUGUGUGAAAAAGAGGAGAAUGUAUGGGAAUGAUGAUUAUGUAGACCAGGGGUACGCUGGAGGAGGAGGCACAGGAGGAGGGGGAGGGGGUGGAGGUGGAGGGUACGACUACGGCUAUGGUGCCCCACCAGAGGAAGGCCAGGAAAACCACGGCGAUGCGGACUACGACCGCCAGUUCUACAAAAUACCAGACAUGGUCAAGAAGUUCAUCACGUACUUUCGUAACUGCGUCAGCGAGGGGCUGAUAUUCGAGAUCCAGAACUUGUACGAAAAUACGUUUCCAAAGUUGACGGAGCAGUAUUUCGACAAGCGGCCGUGGCCAGAUGACACAGAGAUCGCUCACUUGGUCGACAAUGAUCCGAUGUUCCUCAUCUUGUACAAAGAGUUAUACUUCCGCCACAUCUACGCACGUAUUCCUGGUGGGCCGACUUUGGAGCAGAGGUACAACUCUUUCUACAACUACUGUGACCUCUUCAACUACAUCUUAAACGCGGACAAGCCGGUGCUGCUGGAGCUGCCGGACCAGUGGCUGUGGGAGCUGAUCGACGAGUUCGUGUACCAGUUCCAGUCGUUCUCGCAGUUCCGCGCACGCCUCCAGAAGAUGCCCGAUGAGAUGGAGGUCAUCAACAACAACAAGGUGUGGUACGUGCUGUGCGUCCUCAACGUGCUGCACUCGCUCGUCGACAAGUCCAACAUCAAGCGUCAGCUCGAGGUGUACGCGAGCGGGGGAGACCCGGACUCGGUGGCCGGGGACUUUGGCCGGCACUCGCUCUACAAGAUGCUGGGCUACUACAGCCUGGUGGGGCUGCUGCGGCUGCACUCGCUCCUGGGGGACUACUACCAGGCCAUCAAGGUGCUGGAGAACAUCGAGCUGCACAAGAAGAGCCAGUACUCCCACAUCCCGGCGUGCCAGAUCUCGACUGCGUACUACGUGGGCUUUGCCUACAUGAUGAUGCGGCGUUACUCAGACGCCAUCCGCACCUUCAGCUCCAUCCUGCUCUUCAUCCAGCGCACGAAGCAGCUCUUCCAGACUCGCUCUUACCAGAACGACCAGAUCAACAAGCAGACGGAGCAGAUGUACAACCUGCUUGCCAUCUGCCUGGUGCUGCACCCUCAGUGCAUAGACGAGUCCAUCCAGCAGGUGCUGCGAGAGAAGAACUACCACGAGAAGAUGUACAAGAUGCAGUACGGCGACCUGGCGGAGUUUGAGGCAUGCUUCUUGUUUGCGUGCCCCAAGUUCCUGUCCCCAGCUCCCCCUGCGGCGGAUGCCCCUGCCGAAGACUACGCCAAGGAGGCCACUCGGCACCAAACCAAGGUUUUCAUGGACGAAGUUCGCCAGCAAAAGAUGCUGCCUACCAUUCGAAGCUACCUGAAGCUGUACACGACGCUGCCCCUGUCGAAACUGGCCACCUUCAUGAGCCAGGCCCAGCGCCAGGCGGAGUCCACUGACCCCUGGGACCUGGACAAGGAGGUGAAGGCACUCACCAUCCACCUGCUCUGCUUCAAGCACAAGAUGAAGAACGUCGUGUGGACCAAGGGCACCUCCGGCCUCGACGGCAAGUUUCAGUCCGGCUCUGAGCUCGAUUUCUACAUCGACAAUCAAAUGAUCCACAUCGCAGACACAAAGGUGGCUCACCGCUACGGAGAUUUCUUCAUGCGCAAGAUCCUUAAGUUCGAGGAACUGAACCGCAAGCUGCAUAUGAUCAAGAUUUAAAACAGCCAUUUCUGUUCAUGUUGUAAAAAAUAUAUUGGGAAUAAAAGGAAGCUCAGUAUUGUUUGUAA